AUGUUAGGAAAAAGAGACAUGGAACUUCUGUACAGCAGUGUGACAGUAAGAUCUGCAACUAGUGAUGCAACACAUGAUCCAGAUCCGUCCAAUCAGGAUGAUGUCCAUUAUGCCAGUGUUGUACCCCGUAAAGUCAGAAACCCCAGGAAUGCUGAGAGCUCUGCAGUGACAGCUUCUGGGACUGAUGAGGAGGUUCAGUACACCAGCGUCCAGCACCACUGUGAUAAAGUGGUAGAGAAGACUGAAGAGGACGAGGUUCAGUACACUACUACAGGCUGCACUCCUGAUCUCAGGAUGUCUCUGACUGUUUCUCUGCUGUUUCUGCUCUUCAUCUCAGGAGUUUUUGCCCAGGAUGGGUGGAGUGUGUAUUACAACUCUAAAUCUAUCUGUGCUCUAAAAGAAUCUAAUGUGACCAUGGGCUGCACUUAUUCAUGUCCCAGUGGUCAUUCAGUACAAAAAGCUUUCUGGACCAAAUACUGGAUUAGAGGUGCAGAACCACCUGAUCUGUUAGAUGAUCCAGAGUACAGAGGCAGAGUUCAGUACCUUGGAGAUAAAUUCAACUACUGCACUCUCAGACUGAGUGAUGUAACGGAAAAGGAUCAAAGGAAAUACUACUUCAGAUUUCUAACAGACCAACCUGGAGGAAAGUAUCAAGGUGCAGGUGGAGUUGAUCUUUCAGUCACAGAUCUCCAGGUGGAGGUUCCUGAGAGAGUGAUAGAGGGAGAUAAAGUCACUCUCACAUGUAAAACCACCUGCAGUCUGACAGUCAGACCAACAUUCUCCUGGUACAGAAAUGGACAUAAUUUAUCCUCCAGUAAAGACCAACUCCACCUGCAGUCGGUCAGCAGGGAGGAUGCAGGCAGGUAUCGAUGUGCUGUACGGGGUCAGAACUCAAGUGAGGUCACUCUGAAUAAACUUCACUCUCCUGAGGUCACUCUGAAUGUCAGAUAUGGCCCAAAGAGCAUCUCAGUGUCCAUCAGUCCCUCUGGUGAAAUAGUGGAGGGCAGUUCACUGACUCUGACCUGCAGCAGUGAUGCAAACCCACCUGUGGAAUAUAACUGGUUUAAAGGAACAUCUUUAGUAGCAAAAGGAGAGACUUACACAAUGAACAAGAUCAGCUCUGUGGACAGUGGAGAAUACAAGUGCAGAUCCAGUAAUGGAUACAUAGAGAAACACUCUGAAGCUCUAACUCUGAGUGUUUUGUAUCCUCCAAAGAGCAUUUCAGUGUCCAUCAGUCCCUCUGGUGAAAUAGUGGAGGGCAGUUCAGUGACUCUGACCUGCAGCAGUGAUGCAAACCCACCUGUGCAGAAAUUUGCCUGGUUUAAGAAGCUGAAUAAAGGAACUUUGCAGAAAUCAACAAGUCAGAUCUACAGCAUCUCAUACAUCAGCUCUGCAGAUAGUGGGGAAUAUCGCUGCAUGGCAACCAACACUCAAGGUUCUCGAUACUCAGAGUACAAGUCAUUAACAGUUUUAUAUGCUCCAAAGAAAGCCCUGGUGUCCAUCAGUGAAACUGCAGAGGACAGUUCAGCGACUCUGACCUGCAGCAGUGAUGCAAACCCACCUGUGCAGAACUACACCUGGUUUAAAGAAGGUGGAAGCUCACCUGUAGGAUCUGGACACAGUUACAGUGCUCUACAGAGUGCAUCCUACUACUGUGUGGCUCAGAAUGAACACAGAUCUCAGAGAUCAGCUGCAGUGACUGUCACUGUAAAAGCAGAACUCUCCAUGAUUCUGUAUGUGGUGGUUGGACUUGGACUCUGUGUGGUUGCAGUGUUUAUUGCCAUUACUUUAUUGAUAUGGUACAAAGUAAAGAAGAAGAAGAGGACGAUGGAGGAAGAUGAUCACCAGAAUGUUGACCCUAAUGCUAAGGAUGACACGUACACAGCUCUUGACCCCAUGUCCAGGUCCUCUGAUGAUGUGUACAGCACACUUGCAGCUAUAAACAACAAACGCUGA